GAUAUGUAUGUAAUGUAACUUUAGACUUCAAAUUCUCCUCUUCCGAAGAUCCAUUCUCCUUAAAACCCUAAUACGAUUCUUUACUACUUCAUUCCCAAUUCUAUUUCUGAAUCCAUAACUCCUAUGAGCUAUCACAUGAAUAAUGAAGAGACACGCAGAGGUUUGAAAAGAAAGCCCCCAGAGUUGGAUCGAGAGCAAGAAAAUGGAUCUUACAAUAUGAAUUCUGGACCUUAUGAUAGGAACGCGCUUCCUUCUGGUUGGUUAGACUGCCCAGCACAGGGGCAAGAACUAGGAUACAUAAUCCCUUCAAAGGUUCCACUUGGUGAAUCCUUCAAUGAUUACAUCCCAAGUCAAAAAUAUACUCCCAAGCAAGCAAUUAUUCAACAGAGAGUCUUAGGUAGAGAACUUGGUUUAGUGAUUGAUUUGACAAAUACUACUCGCUACUAUCCGGUGUCAGAUUGGACGAAAGAAGGGGUUGGUCAUGUCAAGAUAAGAUGCAAAGGAAGAGAUUCUGUACCUGAUGAUGAGUCUGUAAAAAAAUUUUGUGAUGAGGUUCUGGAUUUUUGCUCCCGAAGAACAAACCCAAAGAAAUAUAUACUCGUACAUUGCACACAUGGGCAUAAUCGUACAGGUUAUAUGAUUGUUCAUUUUCUUGUCCGUACAGAAUCAAUUUCUGUCACCGAGGCAAUAAAUAAAUUUGCUUGGGCACGUCACCCAGGAAUAUACAAGCAGGACUACAUUGACGCCCUGUACAUGUUUUAUCACGAAAAGAAGCCUGAAGAUCUUGUUUGUCCUCAAACUCCAGAAUGGAAGAGACUUUCUGAUCCUGAAUUUCAUGGUGUGGCUGUCCCAGCUGUAGACAAUUAUGGAGACAUUCCUCAGAAGGAGAAUAUUGUGAGGGAUGAAGUGUUGACAAACGAUGAUGUUUUGGGAGAGCCCAUUCCUUCGAACCAGCUACGUACAAUGCAAGACGUUUGUUAUCAAUUGCUCAAGUUGGGCACAGGGGGUAGAGGACGUUCGCAGUUUCCUGGAUCGCAUCCUGUUUCUCUUAAUAGGGACAAUCUGCAACUCUUAAGACAACGAUAUUACUAUGCCACAUGGAAAGCUGAUGGGACCCGAUAUAUGAUGCUGAUUACUUUUGAUGGAUGUUAUCUGAUUGACAGAAAAUUUCUUUUCAGAAAGAUCAAUAUGCGGUUUCCUUGCAGAUACUCAAAUGGGAGUACACCUGAGAGGAAUCACCAUUACACAUUACUUGACGGGGAGAUGAUUAUUGACAAGGAUCCACAUACACAGAAGCAAGAGAGAAGAUACCUCAUUUAUGACUUGGUGGCAAUCAAUCAAGUCUCUUUGACAGAGCUGCCAUUCUAUGAAAGGUGGAAAUUGCUGGAGAAAGAAGUAAUUGAACCUCGUAACAUGGAACGGGAGGGCCUUUCCAAGAGUAUAAAUCCUUAUUAUAGAUAUGACUUGGAACCAUUUAGUGUGAGGAGGAAGGGUUUUUGGUUACUAUCUACGGUGUCAAAGCUCCUUCAUAAAUUCAUUCCGCAACUCUCGCAUUCAUCAGAUGGUCUUGUAUUCCAGGGUUGGGAUGAUCCAUAUGUUCCUCGCACACAUGAAGGUCUUCUGAAGUGGAAAUACCCCGAGAUGAACUCUGUCGAUUUCCACUUUGAGGUGGGAGCUGGUGAUCGUCCCCUGCUUUAUCUGUUCGAACGCGGAAAGAAGAAGUUAAUGGAAGGGGAUAAUGUUGUUUUUAAAGGUUAUGCAUCAGAUAUUUCUUCCUAUUCAGGGAGGAUCAUAGAGUGCUACUGGGAUCCUGUGGAGCAUUAUUGGGUCUGUAUGCGGAUCAGAGUCGACAAAUCUACUCCAAAUGAUAUCAACACCUAUAGAAAGGUAAUGCGAAGCAUAAAGGAUAACAUCACAGAAGAUGUCCUGUUGAAUGAGAUAAGUGAGAUCAUUCGCCUUCCCUUGUAUGCAGACAGAAUACAAAGGGAUAUCAAGGCUCACCAGCAUAUGGUCUCUUCACGUCGCAAGUGAGUGAUAAUCAAAGCUAAGCAUGUGCAAUGUCGUACGCUAAUUGAAGAGCAAGCAAGACUUGUUAAUGAAGUGCCAGGCGAGAUGUACAUUUUCGUUGCCAACUUUAUUAUAUUCGUGCUACGUUCUUGUCAGUCUCAUCCCUUAAAUACCUCAGGAAAAAGUUUUAGAGGUUCUAUGAUUUUGUUGGGUUAAUAAGAUUUUGGUCGCUGUUGUAUAUUAGCAAUUUUGCCUAUUUACUUUCAUUUUUCACCCCCUCCUCACACAGUGGAUCACGAGUUUAUAAGGUCUUGUUGGAAAAAGCUCUACACAAACGGCUUUGAUGGGGAUACAGUAAUACAAGAUUUCAAUACCAUUUUAAUAUAUU